GGUCAUGAAACCGGAAGUGAAGCUAUGUAGCAUCGGUCACCUGUCGUGCAUCAGUAAACUAAUAUUUUGUAAUUUUAUAACUUUUUUCUUCUUUUGUAACAACGUCGUUUGAGUACUAUGACUUAUUGCACGUGAAUGGUUAUUCUGAACAACAAACAGCAUCUGGGCAGGAGUACAGCAGACUGGCAGACUUUUCUCUGGUCAGACUGAGUAACUACCAUGUCCAGGCGAAGCAGGAACAGUUGUGCAUGGCAGUAUGUUUGGGGCGGCAUACGACGAGACGCUGAUGCCCGGGCACUUGUGUUGGCCUCUGAGACUGAAGAAUGGCGUUAUGAUCACCAUGAGUUAAGUGACUCAGACUCUGAGGCCGACUUUUCAGCAGCAAUGGCUCCCCCAGUCCCCAGUGCCGUGCCCAUAACUGGAGAGUCCUAUUGUGGUUGCGAUUCCCAGGCUGAGAGCAGCUACAAUCCCCGGCUGCGAGGUUUUCACCAAGUUAGAGACUGCCACUGUGGAGAGGAGGACCAAGAGUUUGACUGGGUUUGGGAUACAAACAGCCGAUCCACAGCAACAUUACUGAGCUGUGACAAUCGUAAGGUCAACUUUCACAGUGAGUACAGCUGUGGCACAGCAGCAAUCCGCGGUUCCAAGGAGCUGGCAGAAGGCCAACACUUCUGGGAGAUCAAGAUGACUUCUCCCGUGUAUGGAACUGACAUGAUGGUUGGCAUUGGUACAUCUGAUGUCAACCUGGACAAAUACAGACAUACAUUCUGCAGCUUGCUGGGAAAAGACACAGACAGCUGGGGUCUUUCUUACACUGGAUUAUUGCACCACAGAGGCGAUAAGAUGAACUUCUCUUCCCGUUUCGGACAGGGAUCUAUCAUUGGAUUACAUCUGGAUACAUGGCAUGGCACACUUACGUUCUUUAAGAAUCGCAAGUGUAUAGGUGUGGCUGCCACAGAGUUGCAGAAUAAGAGGUUUUAUCCAAUGGCGUGCUCCACAGCGGCAAAGAGCAGCAUGAAGGUGAUCCGAUCGUGCUCCGUGCCCACCUCCCUGCUCUACCUUUGCUGCGCUCGCCUGCGCCAGCUGAUGCCAGACUGCAUCGACGCCCUCGAUGUAUUGCCGCUGCCGCCUGGUCUUCGCCAGCUGUUGCACAACAAGCUGGGGUGGGUUCUUAAUCUCAACAGCGGCAACAUAGAAGAAAUGACAGAUGGAUCCGAGCGGGCCUCAAGUCUGUCUGCCCCUCUCUUAGCUGGACCGUCCUCCUCUGAGAGUGAUUCUGAGGGUUGUCCCUCUGACCUGGAGGGCUGUCAGAGGAAGAGAUGCCGCUGGAUGUGAUUGGACAGCUCAAUUUUUACCUCCUGGUAAACGUAUAUGAACAGCGGUUACUGCCCUGUAAUCUGGUAUUACCUGCCUGUCUCCAACUUUCCUCAAUGAAGAAGCUGCAAAUAUUGAAGAAAAUGACAACCAGACAAAGCUGGAGCAGAGGAAGGCAGAAAACCGAAGGCUGUUACUCUGCCUGCACGUACAUACAUGUAGUUGCUGUGAUCUUUUAUUACAUUUGGAAUCCAUUCAAAAGUUUCAGUACUCCUCAUACUACACUCAAUAUCCAAAUCAGCUUCAGGAAAAAGUGAAAAUAAUGUUUUGUUGCCCAGCGUAUUUUUGUUGCUGAUCACUUGGUGGCGAAAGUGGACUUAUUUGGAAAUAGGCCAUAAAGUGCGAUAUCUAAACGUAGAUGUUUGACUGAAUUUUGGUGUACAUCUUCAUAUGUUUCUAUAAAAGAUAGGUUAAAAAAAAAAAACUGUACAGCUGCUCAUGUUUUUAUCUUCUGUGGAAAUAAUGUAUAUUUUUGUCAGCCAUAAUGUUACGAGAGCAUUAUCAAAAUUAUCUGUCUUAAAAGCAUCUGUAACUGUCUGUUUGCCAAAUAGAGAAUUCGGGGCGGAUGUGGUUCCGCUACUGGAAUGAACAAGAACGAAAACGCCAAAAGUAAAUCACAGAAUGAAUCAGAGUUCACAUUACAGCGUCUUGCCGUCGAUAUAAACCGUAAGUGUUUUAUACCCGAUAGUUGAUCCCGUUGUUUUUGUUUGUUUUAACCCUUGCUGUGAAGUGGGAAAAGGCUAAAGUAAGUGUCUGUGUCCACGAGCAAUUUUAGUCAGAUUUGUUGGGGAAAGUCAGUGGACCAUCGUCUCCCAACUCAGGUCAAAGUCAAAGGUCAAAGCCAAGUCUCAAAUACAUGGCAAUGUUUUCCAAAGUCAAGUAGCAGUUUCAGUCAUGCUUGAUGGAUAAUAUCAGUGGGUUGUACUCUCACAACACAGGUCACAUUAAUGUCAAAGGUCAUCUCAGAGGUCAUCAUCUGACAAAACACAAAUGUCCACAUCUCAGGAACUCAAAAAUUGAAAUUGAUAUGUAAUUUUUUGCGUAGACGCCUGCUGUCCUGGGGCUAGCGAGUGCAUAACAUAUGACUUAAAUGAUUUUACGUGAUGUCAACUAAAGAUGAAAAUUUGCUAUUCAGGAAAAUUUUGACCUUCAUGAAUGAUUUCAUUAAACGUGGCAUGUACGCUCUCCCGUGCGGCUUAAACUUCUCAGACAUGGUACACAUUUUCACUUAAAUGUUACUUUCAUAUUAAACUGAUAGACUAUCUGUAUGGAAAAACUUCACAUUUACUGUAAUAAAACUAACAUUAUUAAACUGCUGCUUUGUGAUAGAUGCAUGAAAAAAAAAAUUCAUAAAAACUAGAUGCAAUGAUUAUUUGGCCUUGGCUGUUGCUGAUUUAGCGUUUAU